AUGCCGCACUUCGACCUGGUGGUCGACCACCGGCCGCUGGUGACCAUCCUGAACUACAAGCAGCUCAACUCGAUCGACAACCCGCGUCUGCAGAGGAUGAGAGAGAAGUUGUCGGCCUACAGCUUCACCACCAGCUGGCAGAAGGGUUCGAGUCACGUGAUCCCAGACGCGCUCUCACGAGCGCCCACCAGCGACCCCGCCGCCGACGACGACGGAGAGGUGGACGUAGCGGACGACCCGCUACACGCCUGCGUCAUUGCCGCGCUGCAGGCCUCCGAUCGGUCGGAAGACGGCGUCCAGCUGGCCCCGCUGAUCGACUCAGCACUCGAGAGAGUCCGCGCCGCCGCGGAGCGCGACCCCGAGCACCGGGCUCUCAGCGAGGUGAUUCUCGCCGGAUUCCCAGAGAACCGGCACGAGGCGCCCCCGGCAGUGCGAGCUUACUGGGGAGUGCGCCAUCAGCUCGCCAUCGACGACGGGCUGGUGGUAUAUGGCGCUCGGCUGGUCGUCCCGUCCGCCCUCCGGCGCGGUGUGCUGGAGAAGCUCCAUGACUCACACCAGGGCGUCGACCGCACCAAGCGCCGUGCCCGGCUCAGUGUGUACUGGCCGAGCAUAGACAAACAGAUCGCUGACACCGUCGCCGCCUGCGCUCAGUGCCGUCAGCGCCUGCCCAGUCACGCUCGGGAGCCGAUGUGGCGGGAGGACGGCGCACCGACGCGCGUCUUCGAAUCAGUCUCGGCCGACUACUUCUCCGCUGGAGGACACACGUACCUGGUGUACGUGGACCGGCUGUCCGGGUGGCCGUAUGUCACUGUGUGUCCCCGCACGGCCUCGGCGGACCACCUGACGCGGCAGCUCCGACUGAUGUUCUCGCAGACGGGCGUCCCGACCGUGUUCCGGUCAGACGGCGGACCCCAGUUUGCAUCGGGCACGCUCCGCCGGUUCCUCCAGCGCUGGGACGUACGACAUGAGAUGUCAUCACCGCACUACCCGCGCUCUAACGGGCACGCGGAGGCCUGCGUGAAGACAGCAAAGAAGCUGGUGCUGGCUGCGUCUUCAUCGGGCCAACUGGACCAGGACCAAGUGGACCGAAGUCUGCUCGAACUCCGUAACACGCCCCGAGCAGACGGGCGGUCGCCGGCACAGGUGCUCUUUGGUCACCCGCUGCGCUCCGGAGUUCCCACGCACCACCGCGCCUUCGCUCCGGAGUGGCAGCGGGCGGCCGCUCUCUGCGAGGAAACGGCUGCCGAGCUCCAGGAGCAGGCCGUCAGGUGCUACAACAAGAGCACGCGCCGGCUGCCAGCGCUGAAGCUCGGCAGCCGCGUCGACAUACAAGACCCCACCACCGGCCGAUGGAACCGGAUUGGGGUGAUCGUGGGCGUCGGUCAGAGGCGCACGUACCUCGUCAAGACGGCCAGCGGCAGGGUCCUGUGGCGGAACCGCCGCUACCUCCGCCCGUACCGGCCGCUUCUGACGGAGCCCACCCCGCCUGUGGCUCCGUGCCUGUGA